GCACACCUCCUAUACUCUUUGUGAACAAUGCAUGGAUUGUGUCUCUGGCUGUAAGACGUUUUAGAAGACCCCAACAAUGAGGAUCAAGUUUAUAGCUGUCGUGCUCCUCUUUCAAACGUCACAAUGCUUGGCGUCAGACGAUUCACCAUUUGAACUAACUAACAAGGCCACUGGUUUUUGUUUGUUGAAAAAAUACCACCUCUGCGUUGAGAUACAGUGGACAACUGGUGAUCGACUUCUUUCUAGCUGGUUGAAUAAGUGCCUUGGAGCCGAGGGGAAUACUGUGGGGAGUGGAAUAAGCCUCUAUGACUGUAAUGAAAGCAGUGAACUCCAAAGGUGGGAAUGCAGGAAUGAAACACUGCUCGCCCUCAAAGGCCAAGAGCUUUACAUUGAGCUCACUGCAGAUAACACAGCUGUUCUCUCCAAAACCACGGGACCCAAUAACCACCUCACAAUUUCAGGGACGUCCAGUGGUGCUUGUUCAAGAACAUACAGAGAAUAUUUCACCCUAGAAGGAAAUGCGUUUGGAAAGCCCUGCAUGUUUCCCUUUAUGUACAAACAGCAGUGGUACUCAGAAUGCACAACAGUCGAGUCCCAAGAUCAGCGUCUUUGGUGUGCAGUUGAGACAAAAUAUGAAAAUGAGCUGUGGGGUUACUGCCCAACUAACUCUAAAAAGAACUGGAACAAAGACGUUACCACAGGAGCAAAUUAUCAGCUCAACACACAGUCAGCUCUGACAUGGUCCCAGGCUGAUGCCAGCUGCAAACAGCAGAGUUCCUCUCUGCUGAGCAUCACCAGUCCUCACGAGAAGGCUUAUAUCACAGCACUACUAGGUGGAGGACAGGAGUACAAGCUUUGGACUGGACUCAACCUGAAUUCAGAACAUGGCUGGCAGUGGUCUAGUGGGAGGCCGUACCGUUACCUGAGUUGGGACUCAGGACAUCCACUUUCGAAUCCAGGGCAUGUCUGUGGAGUCAUUGAUGGUGCUGUACAGUAUUCCUGGCAAAGUUCAAAAUGCGAUAAGAACCUGGGCUACAUUUGCCACAGUAUAUCCAUUUCAGCUCCUCCAACUGAAGCUACUGAGGCUAGAUUUUGUUCAGCACCCUGGAUUCCCUACAAUGGCCACUGCUUCCACCUUAAUCGUACUCAGAAAACAUGGUCUGAUGCUAAGUUAGCUUGCCGUAAGGAAGGAGGGGACCUUGUGAGCAUCCGCAACGUGGAAGACCAAAGCUUUGUCAUCUCUCAGCUUGGAUAUGCAUCCACUGAUGAGCUUUGGAUUGGACUGAAUGACAAGCGGACAGAGGGCCUGUUUGACUGGAGUGACCACUCUACUGUCAGCUUUACUAGCUGGGAAUAUGGGAAACCAUCUAUCACCACUGGCCAAGAAGACUGUGUUCUCAUCAGGGGACAGAAUGGGAACUGGGCUGACCGCGUAUGUACAGAGAAACAUGGCUUCAUUUGUAUGAAGACGAGUGCCUCUGAACCCUCUGGAGAUGAAGUGGAACAGAAUAUAGGCUGCAAAAUGGGUUGGAAGAAACACGGCUCGUACUGCUACUUUGUAGGAACUCAGACAAAGACGUUCGAUGAAGCGAAAGAUGACUGCAAGAGCUCAGACUCCUACCUGGCAGAUGUUUCAACUGGGGUGGAUAAUGCCUUCCUUGUGAGUUUGGUGGGGCUGAGAUCAGAGAAGCACUUCUGGCUCGGGCUCUCAAAUCAGAAGAACAUUGAUGUUUUUGUGUGGACCAACACAGACUCAGUAAAAUUUACUCACUGGAACACUCAAAUGCCAGGUCACCAACAGGGUUGUGUUGCUAUGGCAACUGGAAGUUUUGCAGGCCUCUGGGAUGUGUUGCCUUGUACCAAUAAGGAGAAGUACAUCUGCAAACACCUGGCAGAGGGGGCAGUUUUAACCCCUGUCCCGCCAACUGUUCCCUCCCUCAAGUGUGCAGAUGGCUGGGACAGUUUGUACUCAAGAAACCAAUGCUAUAAGCUGUAUACUGGGUAUUCAGAGACGAAGACCUGGUAUGAGGCCCGAGAUUACUGCAGAGCUAUCGGAGGAGACCUGCUCAGCAUCCACAGCGCUCUCGAGCUACGAAUGCUUCCACAUCGCUAUGAAACAGUCUGGAUUGGAUUUAGUGCCCCGGACCCAGUCACAGGUUAUGUAUGGAGUGAUGGAUCCCCAGUAAACUUCCAACACUGGGAGGAUGGAGAGCCCAACAAUAAAAACGGCAUGGAAUCUUGUGCUGAGCUAAAAGUCCACAGGCGGGAAAGAGCUGGGUCCUGGAACGAUGCUCACUGUGAGAAGAACAACAACUGGAUUUGCCAGAUCCGUAUAGGAGUCACUCCCAAGCCUCCUCCAGACCCCGUCCCUCCUGAGUAUAACACGACCUCUGAUGGAUGGCUAAUAUGGAAAGGGAAUCAGUAUUACAUAAACCACCACAUGAUGGCCAUGGACCCAGCACGUCACUUCUGCCAGCAGAGACAUGGUGACCUGGUAACUAUCAACAGUGAAGCUGAAAGACUCUUUUUAUGGAAACAGAUAUCCAGAAUGUAUGGGUCCUACUGGAUAGGCCUGACUGUAGGUCUUGAUCGAUCAUUUCAGUGGAUGGAUGGUUCUCAAGUGGUGUUUCAAAGCUGGGAAGACGGACAGCCUGAUUUCAAGAAUUUUGAUGAGAACUGUGCUGCCAUGUCCACUUCUGGGUUGUGGCACGAUUACAACUGUGGGUUUGAGCACAACUCCAUUUGUAAGCGCAGUGACUCAUUACCGGCUAACACCACCGUGGCACCCACAGAGCCUCCUAAAGGUGGCUGCCCAGUCUCCUGGAAAAAAUUCCACUCCAAGUGUUACAACAUCAUCAACAACCAGAAUUUAACGUGGGAAGGAGCGAGGCAAAAAUGCCAACAAAUGGGUGGAAACUUGGCCUCUAUUUCCUCAAGACAUGUGCAAGUGUUUUUGAUGUCUCAAAUGGCUGAUGCACCUACAACAGACCUGUGGAUUGGUUUUCAUAAUUUACAUCAUGGUCAAUUUGUUUGGACUGAUGGCCGACAAAAUUCAUAUACCAACUUGGGUUUUCAGGAACAUGACCCGUUUAACUUUUACCGAAGGCACCGGAUUUUCCUUGACUAUGGACAUAGAUGGAUGAGACAUCAUUGGUUCUUCCAUGAGCUACAUGAGAACAACUGUGCUGUGAUCAAUACCAGGCCUUCGCUUGGUAUUGGUAAAUGGAUAACAAAGUCCUGCAAUGACACAAAUGGUUUUAUCUGUCUUCAAAAUCUUGUCCCAUCUCUUCCGGACUCCCCUGAACCAACAGCUCCUACCACCUACGUCAAAAUACUUAAUGACUCUGCCAAGGCUGUUCCUCAGCAAAUGAACUGGGAGGCAGCAAAAAAGAACUGUGAAGGUGAUGACGCCAACCUUGCUAGCCUGCGAAAUGAGUGGAUGCAGGCGUAUGUUGAGUUGCUGGCUGUGACUCUGAAGGCCCCUGUGUGGAUUGGACUCAGCAAAGUGCAGACCAAUGGUUAUUUCAAAUUUGUUGAUGGCUGGCAUGUAACACUUUCUCACUGGGGUCAAAAUGAACCGAGCACACACCGAGCUUGCGUCUACAUGGAUGUGGAUGGAAAAUGGAAAACCGCUAACUGCAAUCAGACCAUGAGCAGUGUUUGCAUGAAGUCCACAGAUGUGCCACCACCAGAACCAACAGGUUUUCCAGGAAUUUGCCCUGAAGACCCAGAUUUAACAUAUGGGCUACAAAAAUAUUUUUGGAAACCAUUUAGGGAAUACUGCUAUAUAUUUUUCACAGAAUCAGAAAGGUGGGCAAAUGCAGCAGCUAGCUGUGUAAGACAUGGUGGAAUGCUUGCCAGCAUUGAAGAUUCCUUUGAACAAGACUUCAUUGCAAGAAAUGUGAAGACAUUUCAUGACAGCUACACAUCUUUUUGGAUGGGUCUGUUUAAAAAUACCAAAGAGGAGUGGCUGUGGUUGGACAGGACAGUCAUGGAUUACACGAACUGGAGAGAGGAGCAAUUCGACUCCAAUUAUGGAGAGAUUAGCACAUCAGAUGGGACAUGGAAGGCAGACCAUGGGUUCUAUGAAAGACCAUACAUCUGCAAAACACCAAAGGUAUUACCACCAUCACCAUCACCAUUACCUGUUACAACACUUGAUCGUCAUCGGGACCACAUCAUUUUGGCAACUGUGCUGGGCAUUGCUGGGAUUGCAGUUGGGGCAGUCAUUGCCUUCUUCAUCUACAAGAAGCAUGGUCAUCGAUUACCCAUCCUGGCCAGUUCAGCCACCUUUGACAACCCACUCUUCUUCAGCAGUAGGCAGCCACAGCCAGAUGUAGUUGACACGAAAAAACUGAUAGAGAAUGCGGAGGAAGGGACCGCUGAACUUGUGGUAACUAUAUAAUUCAGUAAAAAAAAAAAACAACUCAGAAUUUAAUUGUAGGGUAUUCUAUUGUAAGGACCCACUGUUCAUGAUCCACUUGCAUGGCCAAUGGCUUCACAGUAUGUUCUGAACGUUUGAACAGUGCUGGCAUUACGUUGUUAAAAUCCUUUUUUGGAACAAUAAUGGGAAAAUCAGCCACAUAGUGAUGUUACAACUAAGAAGAAACUGAUCGAUUGAAUGUACUGUGAAGGCCUUUUGUUCUCCUUCGCUGUAACUGUUAAGAUAGCGCUGCGUAUGUUUAUACUUGCUACAGAACAGCCACUGUAUAAAGCCGGAGGUGUAAUGCUACACAAUAGUCAGUUUGGUGUGUAGUUUAGUUUUGCAGUCAUGGUUUGGAAUAUUUUCAGGACUGCUAAAACAAAAACAAAAAUGUAAGCAUUCAAAACUAGUCCUGAUUCUUACUGUAACUGUUAAAGCGCAUGCUGUUAAUGGGGGGGGGAUGACACAAACAACAGUUAUUCUGCACCACGGCCUCAAGCCUUUAUCUCAGCACGUAGCCCACUUCUUUUCUCGCCACGCUUCCGCUUUCGGCUGCACGUCCCCGCUUGAGGUCGUGGUUGUUGGGUUUGCGCAAAGAUGUCUGCCUCUGUGGGCGCCAUCUCGCAUUUAUCAUAAAGUUCCAAGACUGCCCUUAUCAAAAACCAUAUCAGAUUUAUAUUUGGCUGCCAUCCCUGUCAAACUAGUCUCUUGUGAUUCAAUGCAGCGCUGCCAGCUCUUCUGCAACACUGUGUAACGCUCAUUUGAAGUCCUCUGCUGCAAACUUGUCAAGCAACAUCUGUGACUAAUACUAAAUCUGAUCAAUUGCCUCAAAAUGGAAAACUUUCUAGUUGAGCGUCAUUUUAAGGAACAGAAAAUAGACAAAGGGCCAAAUGUAGCUGGUCAGGCAGGUGGGUUGCAAGAUUAUAUUGCUGCAGGGG